AUGUAUAAUUUAAAUAUUUUCAAAAGGAAAAGGCAAAAUAGAAAAUUUAUAUUAUCAUCAAUAUUAUCUUGUUCUUUGAAUUCUUCUUCAAUUAAUAACUCUUCUCAUUUAUUAAUAACAGUGUUCCAAUUAGCUUUUGAAGAAGUAUUGUUAUUUUUGUCACCAUUAGUAUCAGUUUCUUUAGAAGUUGAAGAAACAAUAGGAACUGGAUUAACAGAAGAAGAAAAAUGA